GCAUUCUGAAGUAGUUAGCAAUGGGGUUUAUUGAAAGGUUCAAAUUCCCGGGUUGGCUGAGACCUUUCUGUGUGGAGUUUAGAUGUUCUCCCUGUGCCCUUGUGGGAUCUCUUCAGUUACUCCAGCUUCCUCAAACAGUCCAAAGACAUGCAUGUUAGGUUAGCUGGUGAUUUUAAAGCAGCUGGAUGUAAGAUUAUAUGGAGAGUGCAGACAAAUCUUUGUCAUGCAAAGAAGAAGCCAUAUGUGAACAUAAUAAUCCCACAAGGGAAAUUUAUUGUGUUACAACAGCGGGAUAAAGAAUAAAAAUAGUGCAGUCUACAAUAAAUAAAGAACAAAGUUAAAGUGCCACAGGCGCAUAGUGACGGCCUGUGAGAUUGUUAUAUGUAAACAUUUUCCACUGUGAUUAAAAAACAAAGAAAAGAAAGAAUAAAAAAAUUAGGUUAAGUUAAAGUAAAGUAAAAAGUGAGACUGAGAUGGUAAAAGAGAGUAGUGUGAAUUGCAUUAAUAAAUAAUACGUGCACUACAAAUGUAAGAAACAGCUGGGAGGAAGGUACAGUAUUAGUCUACCGGUGGGCGGUAAUGUUUACCAACCACAAAGAAGAAGAAAAAAAAGCCGAAGAAGAGUCGUCUCCCGGUAGCCCGUUGCUAACUCGGUUUCCAUGGAGAUUGGUUUCAGUUUCCCGGAUGUUCCAGUUUCCUCUGUUCAACAUGGCGUCGGGAAAGUAAGACUUCGGCUAAUAUCACACAGUUUGCCCUGAAGUUAGUCCGCUCCCGCCCUUCUGAUUUUUGGAAAGUUUCCAAGUACGUCGCGGGGUCGGCAGAAAAAGUUUUCCUGGGACAUCCCUGGUCUGAUGCUCGGCCACAGCUGCCAUCAUGUUUGCCAAAAAGAAGAAGUCUCGUAUCCAGAUCUCAGCUCCGUCCAACUUUGAGCACCGUGUGCACACGGACUUUGAUGAGCAGGAGCAGAAGUUUGUCGGGCUGCCGCGGCAAUGGCAAUCACUCAUCGAAGACACGGCGCAGAGGCCCAAACCCUUUAUCGACGCGACCAUCAUCACUACUGUAGAACCGCGAAAGACCAUCGUACGCGGCAGCAGGAUGGGAACAGAGUCUCUAACAUGGCUGCUGGAUGAGUUCGACACCAUGUCCGUGACUCGCUCCAACUCCCUGCGGCGAGGGAGUCCUCCCACGCACCCUCGCAGGGACUCGAGCUCUUCAGGAGGAGGUGGAGGGCAGGAGAACGGAGAUCCUCAAUACAGACACUACUCAGACAGACAAGACAGAGACCGACCCAGACAAGACCAGCAGAGCGGAGGUGACCCCCGCCACCAGGGUCAGCGCGGGGUCCGUCCUCCUCAGGCAGAUGAGGUGAUCCAGGGCCGCCCCCAACAGCAGCCCCGAGGCCAAGAGCCCAGCAGAGCCCAGAGGGACAGACAAGCCCCCCCUCCUCCCCCUCACAGAGACAGACAGCCUCGGGACAGAGACCAGCGGGAUCAGCCUGGUGACCACAGGCCAAAGUCCAGCUACGUGGCACGGGACGGCAGUCCUCAGUCUCCCAGGGACAAGAGGCCUCUCUCAGGACCCAACAUACGCACCCCAAAUCUGCCAAUGUCUGAGGGAGUGAUGAAAACUGCUCAACAAGCCUCACGGCCAUUUAACACAUACCCGCGGACAGAGAGCGAUGGCGGACGCAGCCCCACAGGACAGGUGGGUCGACACCAUGAGUCCUCACCUCAGAACGGCCCCUCUAGCGGCUCCGUCCGAGGUUCCUCUGGCUCAAAGCCCCCUAUAAGCCACCCACACCCUCAUCACUCUUCCCACCCCAUCCUGGCCCCUGAGUCCUCCCAGCUCCCGCACACCCCUCACCCCAACGUUCCAGCCCCACGACCCCCGGUACCGUCUGGGCCCGCUGCAUCGGGUGCUCCUCCUCAGGGCCGCUCACCACAGAGGGAACCCCAGAGAGUUUCCCAUGAGCAGUUCAGAGCGGCGCUGCAGAUGGUGGUCGAUCCGGGCGAUCCGCGGACCUACUUGGAUCACUACAUUAAGAUUGGUGAGGGCUCCACAGGGAUUGUGUGUAUUGCUACGAUGAAAAACACAGGAAAACUGGUCGCCGUGAAGAAGAUGGACCUGAGGAAACAACAGCGCAGAGAACUCCUCUUCAAUGAGGUGGUGAUCAUGCGGGACUAUCACCAUGAGAACGUGGUGGAGAUGUAUAACAGCUACCUGGUGGGAGAUGAGCUCUGGGUCGUCAUGGAGUUCAUGGAGGGAGGAGCGCUCACUGACAUCGUGACACACACAAGGAUGAAUGAGGAGCAGAUCGCCACAGUGUGUCUGUCUGUCCUGAAGGCGUUGUCUGUCCUUCACACACAGGGUGUGAUUCAUAGAGACAUAAAGAGCGACUCCAUCCUCCUCACUCAUGAUGGACGGGUGAAGCUGUCCGACUUUGGUUUCUGUGCACAGGUGUCUAAGGAAGUGCAGAGAAGGAAGUCUCUGGUUGGAACUCCAUACUGGAUGGCACCAGAGCUCAUAUCCAGAUUACCUUACGGACCAGAGGUGGAUAUCUGGUCUCUGGGUAUCAUGGUCAUAGAGAUGGUGGAUGGGGAGCCACCGUACUUCAAUGAGCCGCCACUCAAAGCCAUGAAAAUGAUUCGAGACAACCUGCCACCCAAACUGAAGAAUCUGCACAAGGUCUCUCCUCUGCUCAAAAGCUUCCUGGACCGGAUGUUAGUGCGAGACCCGGCUCAGAGGGCCACCGCCAGCGAGCUUCUCAAGCACCCGUUCCUGUCGAAGGGGGGGCCGCCGUCCUGCAUCGUGCCUUUGAUGCGGCAGAACAGGAUGAAGUGAGAUAAUACGCGCCACUAAGACGCCUGGACUCUGGAGAUGGUGUUACAGGAUACUCCUGCACACACAGGAGUGACCCUCGGAGGUCACAGACAGGAGACGUGAAAACAGGGUGUGCAGGAGUAUCCUCUGUGAGUCACUGAACUGCGAGAGUGAAUUCCCUAAAACAAACAGAGGCAGUAAGGUGGAGUGUGUGUGUGUGUGUUUCAUACUUGUGUGUGAGCAGCAGAGCAGCCUCCUGUAAACACUUUUACCUGAAGAGCCUCACCUGGAAAGAUUAAGAACUGUGGAUCUUUUGUUUUUCUCCUAUCUGUGGACCUUACCUGGAUUUGAGGUGUGAAGGUGAGGUUUUGCACACCAGUCUGAUGCUUUGAAGGAGCUGAGAGCCCAUUGGCUGAUUUUUAACAUCACUAUAGGACAAUCUGUAAGCCGAUUUUCUUUCUUUCGUUUUUUUUCCUGCGUUCGGAGACUGUCCUCAUCACAGCCAGAACUUACUACUGAGAGAGGAAAUCUUGUGGCUCCGACUUUAUUCUGUAGCCUUAAAAACACUAAUUUCCUGUCGUAAACAAGCAAGCGUACACUAAGUGAAAAAGUAAACACUGGAGUCGUGGUUUCAGAUGAAUUUUCUUCUUCUUUUCUCCUGAAGUACAAUGAACAUAGAGAGCUAUAUCACUUGUGAUGUUAUACUAUCUCUGUUUUGUGAUUGUUUUAUUGUUAUUGUAAAGUGUUUCCUGGUUUAUUUUAGAGUGAGAUGUGAUAAUUGUUUUUCUUAAGCACUGUUGACGAGAGAUAGAAGCUGCACUCCCAGUUUUAUUUUGUUUUUUAGAUAAAGACCACAUACAGCACACACACACAGCCUCUUAAACCUGGGUCUGAGUGUCUGAGUCACCCCCUGGGUUUGGUUGAUUUUCACUCGUGUUUUUAGAACAGUAGGGUUUAAACACUCAACGCUCACUCGACAAACUAGAAAACGAGCCUGAGCUGCUGAGCUGAGUUUUUAUUCUGUGGUCGUUUGACGUUUUUGUUAGAAGUUUCCAGCUGCUGACAUUGUUCCUCUGCUUGUUUCGUGUUUGAUUGCCCUCCUGCGAGUCCACUCUGAAAUAAGAUAACACCAGGUCUCUGUCACCCAGAGGCUUUUAUUUAUAGGACCAUGUUAACACUAUUCCACCUCACAAACAGAAGUGUCAGCCAUGAUUAAGAAAAGCAGCUUUGUUGUCGAUGAGCUGUGCUGCUCACACUCCAGUGGACAGUGUCUGUUGGAGCUUUAACACUCGUGUGAAAAUCAGCUUCCAGCUGCUAAUAAUGUAGAGAUGUUUAAAAGCUAAAGAAAGCACGAGACCUGAGGCACAGAUUUACCCUUUAAGGACAGGUCACCAAAAUCAGGCUUGUUCAUUUUUCCUCUGGACUGUGGUGCUGCUUAUGCAUCUAGAUCGUUUUGGUGCGAGUCGUGCAGUUUUGGAAUUAUAUUAAAGCCUUUGCUUUAAUAUAAUUCAACUAAAUGGUUAUUAAAGUGCUGAAAAAUACGUCUGCAGAGCUUGCCAUCAUUGUAACCGGUUACUCAAACGAACGGUUUGUUUCAUGGGGGAACUAUUUUUUUUUUCAAGUGAAAAGAAGCAUGUAGCCUGCUAUCAUUAGAGAUCAGCCGAGAGGGAGGACAUUAAUUUUGUGGUGCAGCGUCUGUUUAUUCAGCUCUUUGGCUGCACAAAGAGAGGAACUGUGCAAAUUCAACCAGCACAGAUGCUUUAGAGUGUCUGCGGUCCUCCAAAAUGCCAACAGGGUUGGGUCAGAUGCUGAUUGGUUAAUAAUCUGGCUCAGCAAGAGAAAAGAACAGCAAUAAGCUCAUUGCAAAGAGGAAGAAAUGCAACCAAAAGAAACUGGCUAAAGUGGAAAGUUUUCAUUCAUUUUAACACUCGGUUUAGCUACAGAGAAGAAAGAGAAGCCCGGUGUGUAUUUUGACUUCUGUCCCCUAAAAACAGUCAGCUGCUGGACCAACAACAGCACAGAGUUGACCAUAUUUUUUGGCACCACUUUGGUGACAGUACAAGUUUCAAUAUGUAAAUGUGGACCUGGAAGCUCUGCUGGUGCACAACCAUUAGCCUCUCGACACGGCCGCUUACACUUCCUUCUGGAGAAUGAUACGCUUUCAGAUGUGGUUUGGUUGAGAAAAAAUAGUUCCUGCAUGAAAAUUCUUGAUUUUUGUAUAAGGGCACUUCUGCUGAGCUUAUCGUGCUUUCAGGACUAUUUCAUUCCACAGUUUUGUAGAUCCAUGUUCUCCAAACCUGUGCAACUCGCACCAAAACAAUCUAAAUGGGUAAAGAGCGCUGAUGGGUAGAAGACGAAUAUGGAAAUGUGAUCUUUUUUUUUUCCGGCCUGCCCUUCCUCUUUUAAUUUUCUUGCAGCUCAUAGAAAUCAUAACUGUUACCAAAUGGUGAUGACUCAAGUCUCAAAUUCCUCCUUAGAUGGCUGAAAUCGACUGACAGUAUCACAGUUCGCUAAAAAUAAACUAAAACCUAAAUUUGAAAAAAAAAUAGAAGAGAUCUCUUCAGUUUCAGUCAAAUAUCUUAAGUAAUCCGAGGAUUGGGCUGUCUACACGACCACAUUGUAGCACUCAAACAUGCAGACCCACUCAGGAAACUGAUUUUAAACGAAGAAUUUUUAAAUAAAUAAAGAUAUAAACUUAUAAAUGAAAACUACUUAUAAUAGUUCAGUUUGAUUUUUUUGUUUUUUUUAUGCUUCUGCCCUGACGAUCCUAAGACCGGAAAACGGAAGUCCUUCCAUGAAAACUUAGUCCGUUCUUCCCACCUGACCCGCUCAGAAUCAGCUGAUUUUUCUUCAUGUACAAUAACUUUAGUAUAUUUCAUGAAGCCGUGCAUAAUUUUGCCUUCAUGCUGUGAAAACUUUUUGGUCACGGACCAUCAAGAGUACAAAACUUUGCACUUUUAAUGAACAGCAAGCCUCCAUUAGGGGCUGUAACUCUGAAGGUAAAAUGUUGCACAGCUUCAUUCCAUAAACUGAAGCUGGUGUACAAAAAGCAGUCAGCUGAUUCUGAGGGGGUCAGGCUGGGCACAGUUUCAGACUUAACUACCCGUCUGAGGUCUGUGCAGUGUGUGGCUGUGAGCAGUCGUUCUUAGAACGAUGGAAGGAAAGCUGUUUCUGCUGUGAUCCAGCGCCCUGCAGGGAGACGGAGAUAAACAACCUGCAGACGCAUUCCUAUCUCAGCCUGUUUCCAUUCCUUCUUUGUCUUCCAGUUCAGCCUCCACAUCCGACCAGAACUCGGUCAGGUGGCUUUUUAUAAACUGCCAACCCAGAAUACUUCCAAUCGAUGGACACAGGGAAACAUGUAGCACACUUACAGGUGCCUUCUGCUUUUUGGAAACACACCUGAAGGUGUAUGAUUGGGUGGCCUUUGGCACAUUUACUGUACUUGACAUAAAUGUAUUGUUAACCAUGCUGACACAGCAGCUGUCUAACUGGCAUAUUUGAAGCUUUGUACAAAGAGCAGCAGCACAGAGUAGAAGCACAUCAAAGCAGGAAGUAGGUUUUAGUUCAAGCUCAUUGUUUCCUAACAUUGUUUAUCAUUUCUGCAAGGCACAGCUAGCUGCGGUUUGAAGAUGGUUAAAAUGACACCCUCUUUUCCAGUUGCACAGGACUGCUGGAGUAUUUUGCAAGUCCAAAAUAACACCUUUUUUUUUUUAUCGCAGGGUGCAGUUCAUCCUCCAUCUGAGAAGAGCUGUUUUAGCUCCACCCCCUUUAACCCAACUAACUUCUGAUUAAGAAUCAUUUUUGACCCAUCCAUUUCAUUCACUUUCCAGCUCAGUGCUCGACGCUGUCCCACUUUAAUAGGGUGAGAAACAGGGAACAGAUGUGACAGUUUGGAUGACUAUUUGACUGGUCAGUGAAAAAAUAGUUUUAAAUUAUUCACACCUUCCCUUUUUUUAGCGAUAGACUGUAUAUAAAAGAUGUCUGACUGUGCAUAAACUGGAUAAUCAGCAUCUGACUCUAAUAAUGAAAUAUUUACAAAAAAGACCUCUAUACAGCCAGAGUAGCUGCCCCCUUCUGGACAUUUAGAAGAACGCAGGUGUAAAGCUUUGUUUUUGACACUGGAUUGCUUCUGUGGUUUUUAUCAGACGUGAUAUCAGUGAGCCUUUACUCUGUUUGCCAAUAACAAAAAUAAAAGAAGACAACCUGCUCCUGGCGUCCAGGCAACAGACCAGUAGGGCCUCCACACUGACGCUGACGUGUCCAACUCCUUAACGAGGUCCAGUGUAACUGGUCUCUGUGUUUUGGGUCAGGGAGCGAUCUUUGACAAACCCCAGCUUUAAAAAAACAACAGCUUACACAACGCUAGUCAUUUUCCUUUGGUUGGAGGCCAAAACAUGUUUGGAAGCAGCUGCUCGAUAUUUGAAACUUUGGCCUUGUUUUCAGGGAUUUUUCCAGUCUUAAAACGAGCCUUUAUGCACGUGAGAACAUGUCAACAGGGUCUGUGUUACCUUCACUGGUAGAAAUGUGUGAUUUCAGCUUACUUCAGACCAUUUCAUAAACAAAAACAGUACGCCUGUGUUAAUGACACCCUGGUUUUCUUUGGCACAGGCUAAAAGCUGGAAUUUCUGCAGGUUUAAUAUCCACUGCCCUGACAGCAGAGAUGUGGUAGUAUAUAAGGAAAAGCAGAACCGGAACCACUUUAAUGAUGCAGGCUGAAGGAUUUCUCACUGAGAGCAGCAUCACCCCGCACAGUUUCACAGUUUUUCUUCUGUGGUCACAUUAAAGACGCAGACUCCAUUAGGCGGCACCUCAACCUCGGGGAAAAGCUUUCUUUCAGCCGCUUUAACCUCUAAUCAUGUAAUAAUGUGUUGACUUUUUAGCUUCAGGAGCUCAGCACUGAAGUGCCCAUGCCUUCCGGCUGUUUUUCAUAAAAGUGGAGGUGGAAAAAAAUAAUUUCCACCCCAUGAAAACGUGCGUUACGAUAUUUUCCAUGCCCGGGUUUCAUCUGCAUGUUUUUGUGCCACCACAGGAUGAACGUAGGUUAAUUGUAAACCUCGUCCCUGCCGCUCUUUUUUUUUUUUUUUUUCUUCCUCUUCAGAAGCAUCCGCUCAGUUGAAACGUCUCGCAGGCGUUUUGUACUUUGUCUUCUUGGCAGCUUCCCAGACUGUAAAUUAUCAUCUGGAUGUGUUCUGUGGUGAAAAAUGGAGCAGGCCGGUAAUGAGUCACCGAGUGCGAAAGGCGAAUGAAAUGUCGGACUGGAUGACAAUCUUUAUUUAGUGAUUGAAACACUCUGAACUUUGCUGUUCUCUGUUUUGUGUCUCAGUUUUGAUUAUCGAUCCCAGAUUAGCCUCUAAAUUCAUCUUUAAACUGAACCUUUUCACACUGAUUAACAUGAAGACUGGCCUCCUGCUAAUGCUGCUGAUUCUUGUUGGGUUUUUAUUGGCUGUGUUUCCUGCUGAACUUUGUUAAUCUGUUAUAAGUUGCUGGUUAAAAUGACUGGAUCAUACUGGGUCCACUGGAAAAGCAGAAUGAGAGUCCAACUCUUAAUUGUUUGUUUUGAAGCCACAUCAGCCACACCAUUAAAACCACUUAAACCUUGUCACUAAUGUGGGCAGCUCUGGUCUGUCUGGAGUAGGACUGCAUGUGUGGCAGCAGUUCUUUGGGGUCUCUGUGGAUCAGGCACCGGCCUUUUAACACAUCAGAAGGUCAUGGGUUCAAACCCUGGCCAUUUGCUUCCUCUUCCAAUGCCUCCUCAGGCUUUCUCUGGAAGAACAGUGUAGGCUAUCAUCUUCCGCAUAGAGACAGGGGAGGACAUCCAGGAGGCUUCCCCAGCAUGAGAGCCUCGUUCACCUGUUCAGCCAAAGCCCGUGACCCAGCAUGGAUCAGCUGAACCACAAAAGCUGUACAAGGUCGUGGCUUCUGCCCUCAUUUCUCCUUCUCCUUCUUCAUAACUCAAUUUCCUUCGGGGUCAACCUUCAGGAUCAAUAAAGUUUUAUUGAAUUGAAUUGAAUUGAACUCCACCAGUCUGUUUUAUCUGUGUAAAAUGUCUCACCUGCCUGUCCUCCACGCUUCAUCGUGCCCUUCACACACUUUCAUCAACAAUAAAAAAGGAGAAUAAAAAACUGAAAAACAAAAGCAGCAGUCAGAAUCGCUCUCGUUUCCUCUCGUUUUGAGAUGAUGGAUGAGUUGCUGCUCCACACGUGCACUCCUUCCAGCGAGUGCAGGCGGCGACGUCAGUGAGGAAGAUUAAAUGUAAAUAUUAAUUUAAAAAUAUUGAUUAAAUGAAUUGGUGCAAAAACAAGAUUCUCCCAACACUGAGAAACGUGUUUGUUUAACACAACCAAAAGAAAUGUUUUAGCUCAACAGGAAGUCUGUGUCCAGCUGUGAGAAACCGCAGCUGUCGGGGAGCGCUGGCAGGAGCAGAACGUGUUCAGGUCACCUGUGAGAGGUUUGAGUGUUGUGGCUCAUUGAAACCGUUAAUCUAGAUUUGCUUUAGUUUGUGCUUUCCGGUUUAAUCGGUCACUUCACUGCCCUCAAACCUGCGAUGCACAGAGAAACCAGACCAACGGCUUCAAUCUCAUAAUUUUUAACUUUGUUCUGCAAAUGUUUCACGUGUUUUUCUUGCAGUGGAAAAGUUUUGGCACGUCUGGUUCGUGAGUCGAACAGAACAUGUCCACGAUGAAGGUCUAAUAUGAAACAUUGCAAGUAAAAUAAAUAUAUUUUUGGAUGUUAAUGCGCAGGAGUCUGUUCAUAGCUGUUUUUAAGUUUUCUUUCUGUUGUGUGUGGAGUUUUUGUUUUUGUUUUUUUUAUUUUAAUUGUUCCAAACAGCGGCCCUGAUCCCGGGUCAGAUCGAGUCCCUUUUAGUCUGGUGACAGUUUUUUGUCAUGUUGUAAAGACACUCUGUUUUUUGUAUCAGCCCUGUUUGAUCAGCUGUCCUUUAUCAAUGUGAAUCUUGUUUAUCUGGUGUGCCAGAUGUUUAAGUAGCCGUAGCUACGUGUCCGUGGACCAGAUUGUACUGCUGUGUGUGCAGACGCGUCACGAUUUCAUGCCUUAACAUUCACAGUCACUACUUGACAGACGAUUAACUGACUCUGACGCUGGGACUGCCGGUGACGGGGAGAAGGACACUUCCAUGAUGCUUUAUCCUCUUCUCAUCUCACAUAUCUGAGGGGUCUUCAUCAUUUAAACAUGCUUAAAGUGACAGCUCUCACUGACAUUCCUCACAGACAUCUGAUUGAUUGAUGGGGGCAGGGAAGAGGUCCAGUCCAAAAGGAUUUUUUUCAGGAAGCAGGGCUGCUAACUUUCAUUUGUCCUACAGAUCUGUCAGAGGCGUCCUGUGGAUCAUUUUGUUAACUGGGUUCAGGGUUUAGUGCCUUUCUUUGAGGCAUCGUUUUUAAAAGUUUUCCUGCUUCUUGGGAAAACUCCUGCAGGACCUCCCUCUGGUUUCCACAGCGAACGAGUAACUGACUGGAAUAAAACACGUGAAGGGGAAACAAAUGGACUGUUCAGAUUUCCACUGACUUGUUGAAUAUCUGAUUUUGUUGAUGUGUUGUUUUGUCAGACAUGCGAGCGACUACCUGCACCGACUCGUUUCUGUAAAUGUCACUGGUGUUGUAAAAACAUAGAUUUUACUCUGCAAAUUUUACUUUUUUGCAAAUACAGUUUUUGUAAAGAU